UAUUUUUAAAAAGAAUUUUAGAUUUAGAUCCGUUAACAGUAAUAAUAAUUAAUGUUACUGAUUUUUUGAGCAAAAAGAAAAAAAGUAAAUAUGUCUUAUGUAGAACAUGGACCUCGAAUUUUUUUAGCUAGUAAACAUAACUCAGGAACACCUUUGAUGUAUGGUGACUAUGUUUUACCGAAGAAACGUUUAGAAGGUCGAUUAAAAUUACAUGAUUCUUGUUCAGAUAUCAGAGCAUGGAGUCCAAAUUCUUUAGAAAAUUCACGUUACUUUCGUGAACUUAAUGAACAUGACUCAUCAAUGGGAAAAAUAAUACCAUUUAAUGUAAUUAUUGAUAAUAUUAUUCAACUCAAUCCGAAAGCACAAAAUGAACUUCUGAUAGUUAAAAAAGAACUUAAAAAAUAUAAAACUCUUAAACUUACCACUAAACAAGAAGAACAGUUACAAAAUUUAGAUAACAUUUCAAAAAUAAAAGAAUUACCACAGAAAAACAAUUAUACAACUGGAGUUCUAAAAGGUGCAUUUUUCAAUAUCAGUAAAUCGAGUCCUAUAAUUCAAUCAAAUUUAUUAUCAAUCCAUAAACCUUGUAAAAGAAAUUCACAGUCUAACACAAGAAAUGUAUCAGCUAUAACAAACCAAUAUAAUCAAUUAUAUUCUUAUUCUUUAACUAUGUUUGAUCCAUCUUUGAAAAAUUAUAAUUUAAUACCAUCAUGUAGGUCUACUGUAAGAUCACUUCCUUCUGCAGAUUACAAUAAAAACACAGCAUCUUGGAUAGAAUAUAUUGAUGUAGCUGUACAAGUAAACACAGAAACACAUGAUAUAGAAAUACAAAUUGAUGAUGAAGUUGAUAAAUAUCUAAACAAAAUUAUAACAAUAUCUGCAAUGUCACAAACGUCAUUCACAUCAAAAUUCAGUAAUGAAGAUAACAGUGCAGAUCUAGACAAAAAUAGUUCACAAACAAAUAAUCACAAGGAACAAAGUUUUGAAUGUGAUGCUUCUUGCAGUAAUAGUUCACAAGAUAUUGAAAGUCUAAUAGAGUCUGACACUGAAAUGGGAACAGAAUCUGAUUUUGAUCUACAUAAUAGCGUUCAUAAAGGGAUUAUCAUCCAGAAAGAUUCUGAAAUUAUUGUUUUGAAAAAUGAACUCUGUGUAAGGGAUGCUGAGUUAGAAGAAUUACAUGAUAUGAAUAAACACUUGGAGAUUUUACUAAAAGAAAAAGAAAGUUGCAUAUGUACUCAACAAGGAAAUCUCAAAAUGUUACAUGAGAAACUAUAUAAAUUGGAUCAUGAACGUAAUUGUGAAGUAGAAGAUUUGAAAAAGAAGCUCUAUAGUUAUAAAUAUUUAAUGGAACAACUCAAACAAGACUUAAAUGAGAAAUGUGAAAGUUGUUAUUUAUAUUCUGAAGAAAUUGAAAAACUUCAAUUGUAUGUCAAAGAAACAACAACAUUACGAUUAGAAAAAGAGUUACUCUUAAAAAAGAUACAAGAAAUGGAACAACUAGUAGAAAAAGCAGAAAAAUAUAAUAUAAUACUAGAUCAAUUAAAGAAUGUCUUAGAAGAAAGAGAUGAACUUAAAAAACAAAAUUAUGAACAGAAUUGUAUAUUAACAAAUCAAGAAGAAAAGCUAAAUCAACUGUUAAAAGUGAUCAAAGAACUGUCUAUUCCAUAUAAUGAACAAGUACACCAUUUUUAUUAUAUUUAUUAAAUACUUUAUUCACACAUAAUUAUAUACAUUUACACGAUUAUGAAUAAUUAUAAUGUCAAUUACGUUAGAUGGAGACAAAGAAUAUGUUAGAAGUUUUAAAAACUGAAAUCCAAGAUAAAGAUAUUAAAAUUGCUCAAUAUAAAGAGCAAUUGGUUUCUAUGAAACAAGAAAUUAGUGAUUUUUUCAAUAAGUUAAAAUAUGUCUUAAAUAAUUUGGAAGAGCUUAAUGGCGUUUGUGAAGAAAUUUGUAAUUGUUCAAAAUGUAGCUUGGAUAUUGGUGAAGAAGCAAAUAAUAUACUGUAUAAUAUAAACAUCAUUAUAACAAGAUUUCAAAGUUAUAAAAUAGAAAGUCAAAAUCUCUUACAACAAAUUGGAGAUCUAAAGCAUUAUAUGGAAAAUGAUAAACUAGAAACUUUCUCUGAUCAAAAUUUAAAAUAUAUGAUUUGUGAAAAACUUUCUUGUGAUUCUGAA